AUGACUGAGGAAGCGCAAAGCACACGGUUCGAUUCUGACGAUGAGGAGGGACGAUGUACACCAUCACCAGAACCCGAGACAAAAAAGAGGAGACUGUCUGACAAACUUUUACCGGCCGAUGUUAUGAAAGGUAAUGAAGCAGAUUAUGGAGACUUUGUACUUGACCGAACAGAAUCAAUGAGCAUAGACGCCGAUGAUUUAGCUAUUUUGGACAGCACUUCUGGCAAGGAAGACAGCUCAACCUGGAAGGAGAAGGUUCUCUCUAGCUUAUUGACAGGUCAAGAAGACGAGAAUGGUAAUCGAUCUGCAAAGAAAAACCCUCCAAAGAAGAAUAAUGGAUGUUUCAACUGUGAUGGCGACCACCAUUUGAAUGAAUGUCCCGAACCAAAAGAUAUGAGAAAGAUUCGGCAGCGACAGACUGAAAUGCGGAGUAGAAAUAGCACGACACGUUAUCAUGACGGAACAUCUUCUGAGAAGAAAUUUCGGGCUGGCCGAAUAAGCGACGAACUCCGAAAUGCACUAGGUAUAGGCAAACAUGACAUCCCUGAAUAUAUUUAUCGCAUGCGAAAGAUGGGUUUCAUCAGGGGAUACCCACCUGGAUACCUGAAAAAGGCAAUUGAUCGCGAUGACUCGAAUGAAGUGUUAAAGUUCCAUAUGGUGGAUGAGAAAACAUGCAAAGAAGAGAGGUCUGAUCGACCAGAUUCACCCCCGCCAAUAAUAAAUGCCGACAGAAUGAUUUACUAUUGUGGAUUCAAUCAGUACUAUCGCGAUCUUCGAGAUUACGAGAACUUUCGUGUUCCACCUUUUCAUGAGUUCGUGGCCUUUCACCAGGAGACGUUGAACAAAAUGCACGAGAGAAAACUAGAGGAACGGCGGAGACAGCGCGAGAGAGAAGCCAAGCUGCCCAAGAAGCCAGUUGAUGAUCAGUUGGAAGAUGGUGAAGUGAUUAUCCUGGAACCUCCUCCACCACCUCCAGAAAUGGCGAAUGAUGAUGAUGACGUAAUUAUAAUAGACUGUGAGCCGAGAAAGACACCGUCACCUCCCAAUGAAACGUGCAGUACUCCUAAGGGCUGUUCAACGAGUGUCAUGUUAGGCACACCGGUGCUGACGCGCAAACGAAAUGGAGAAGAAUGUAAACUCUGCGAUGAAUCGAAACCGUCAUUAGAAAACUUCAGCAAAGGAAUUGUUCCCUUUGAGGCUUAUGAAGAAGAAACUCCGCAUAAGGGGUUCCUGAAGAAAAUUAUGUCCAAACUCAAGAAAAUAACUCGCUGA